AUGGAAGACGGUCUACGAUAUCGACCAGACAUUCUUCGCGAUGUUCCUCCAGACCUUGUCACCACCUUGAAAGAACUCGAUGAUACUCUGGCGAUCGAUCGACCUCAGCUCAAGCGAAUCACCGCCCAUUUCGUGGAUGAGCUCGCCAAAGGUCUCACGGUGGAGGGUGGUGAUAUUCCCAUGAAUGUGACCUGGGUUAUGGGAUACCCCACCGGCAACGAGCAAGGGCGCUUUUUGACUCUCGACAUGGGAGGGACCAACCUACGCGUCUGCGAGGUGUGCCUCUCCAAAGAGGAACGCGAGUUCGAACUCACCCAGAGCAAAUACAAACUACCGGCGCAUAUCAAGUCUGCUUCGCAGGAGGAACUGUGGGACUUUGUUGCAGAGUGUCUGCGACUCUUUCUCCACGAACAUCAUGGCGGAGAUCAGUCGGCUAAUCUUCCCCUGGCCUUCACCUUUUCUUACCCCGUCACGCAGUUGGGAAUCAGAAGUGGCAUCCUGCAGCGCUGGACCAAGGAUUUCAAUGUGCCUGGCGUAGAAGGCCAUGAUGUAAUUCCCCAGCUGGAGGCUGCAUUUAAACGGAAGCAACUGUCGGUCAAGGUCGUGGCACUGGCCAACGACACAACGGGAACCCUCAUGUCAACCAAGUACCGGAACUCUCGGAUCAAGAUCGGCAGUAUAUUCAGCACGGGCUGCAAUGCGGCCUAUAUGGAGGAGUGUCGCGCAGUUCCCAAAAUCCAAGAUAAGGGGCUCCCCCCUGACGCGCUGGUCGCGAUCAACACUGAAUACGGAGCCUUUGAUAACAAGCGGCGAAUUCUACCACGUACGCGUUUUGAUGAAGAUAUUGACAGGAUGUCCGCGCGCCCGAACCAGCAGCUGUACGAGAAGAUGGUGGCUGGUCUAUACAUGGGCGAGCUCAUCCGACUGAUAUUGCUCGAACUACAUUAUACAAACCGGCUCUUCGCGGGACAGGACAUCACGCGGCUGCAGCAACGCAAUGUCGUGGAUUCGUCCUUCCUGUCGAUCGUGGAAGAAGACACUUCCGAGUCACUGAUAGACAUCCGUAAACUGAUCCGCGAGAAACUGGACCUGGAGCCUUUGCCUCAUGAGCUGAGGGUCUGUCGAUAUCUGGUUGAAUUGAUCGGGACUCGUGCUGCCCGUCUCUAUGUUUGUGGCAUUGCUGCUAUUUGCAAGAAACGAAAGAUCCAGGACUGCCAUGUUGGGGUUGAUGGCACCGUGUUUAACCAAUACACUCACUUCCGGAAACGUGCUGCACAGGCGCUUCGGGAUAUUCUUGACUGGCCUGAGGAUCGCGAGGACCUGAUUACGUUCUAUUGUUCCGAGGAUGGAUCGGGGGUUGGGGCGGCAUUGAUCGCAGCUCAAUUAACCAACAUUGUCACGUUUACCAAACUCACAGCCUCCCUCUCAUCCCUGGGAAAGGUCUGUUGGAUGCGUCUUGAGGAUGGCGUCGUCCGCUUUACCAUCAUCCCCGACCAGGGCACUCAAGUGUGGGCGCAAUUACCAGUCGAAUCCAUCUUCGAGGAAACCUCAUACACCCUUCAGUCCAACUCGGGCGUCAUCAACCUUGAAGUCCCCGUCGGCGCUCUCCAUCGCGCCCUCCGCUCCGCCAUCGGCGCGUCCUCCGCCCAUCUCCGUCUAACAAAGAAAGGCAACGUCCCUCUCCUAGCGCUAACCGUGCAUUCAUCGUCCUGGACGACGGGGAAAAAUGCCAUCGGCAUCUCCCAGUCAGACCAGGCCCCCGCUAUCCACGACGAUGGCGAUGAUGAUGACGCCGCCGUCUUACCUAGAACUGCUAACGGUCCGCGCGAACGCGAAACCAUGAUCACCCAGGAAGUCCCCGUAAAGGUGCUUCAUGAGUCAGGUGUAGAGGGCCUCCACGAGCCACGCUGCCGUGACCCAGACGUGCAUAUAAUCCUACCCAGUUUGAUUCAGCUGAAGUGUAUUUCGGAGCGGUUUACCAAGCUGGCCUCGGGUGAGAAAGCAGCUGGGGCUGCGGCGUCUGCGACGGGCCCGUCGCCCAAGUUGGAGUUGUCAGCUAAUAUGAAGGGAUCGUUGAGGCUGGCUAUUUCGACGGAUGCGCUGCGUAUCUCGAGUGUUUGGUCGGAUUUGGUGAAUCCGCCGUUGGAUCCGGGACAGCUGUCGCAGAGUGAAAUUGAGCAGUUGCCUAGUGAGCGGAUGAGGGCUCUCGGCGAUAGUGAAGAGGGAUGGGCCAAGGUUAGGAUUGAUGGGAAUGAUUGGGGACGUGUCUUGAGCGUGGGGAGGUUGAGCCCGAAGGUUGUUGCUUGCUUCAUCAAUGAAACAGCACUGAUCCUAUAUGUCUAUCUACCGGGUAGCUGGAAUGCAGAGGAUUCCUGUCUGACAUACUAUAUCAACUCUUUUGCAAUCUAA